AUGGAGGAAUUAAUGGCCAGAAUAGAGAAGUACGCCAGGGCCAAGGAGGAUACGCCGGGAACAAAGGCGCUGAACCCAGAGAAGAAAAACGGCUCGCCGAAGAGAGGCCAACAUGAUGGUGGCUACAACAAACCAGAAAUCGGAUUAAGGGCUACUCAGGCAGUCACAACCGGGUGCAGAGCCCUGAAGACACAUCUGGACGACUUGGUAAGAGAGGGCCAUUUAAGGGACAUGGAAGAUGAAGCCAGAACAGGGGAAGGGCAGGCAAGACUACCCCAGGCAUCAACAGCACCACCCCCACCAGCACUACAACCACAGGCAAAUGACAAUGUGCCCGAUGAGGAUGUUGUCAAGAUUGUCGACACCUUCCCUGGUCAAUCUAUUGACUUCUUUGGUGCCCUUAGGGCCCGAGUCUACGAUGAUGAAGUGAGGAAGUGGAUAUCAGGUGCCGGAGUUGACACCAUUGGGAAGAAGCUUGUGAACUCAAAAGAGGGUCCCCCAACUUUUGAGCAGCCAAAAAUGACACUUGAAAAGCUUCUUGAGUAUGGUUACAUGCUUGUCCAGGAACAAGAGAAUGUGAAGAGAGUCCAAUUGGCCGACAAGUACUUGAGUGAGGCAGCCCUUGGUGAUGCAAAUCAGGAUUCCAUUGACAGAGGGACUUUCUAAUGUUAGAAUCCUUGAUUCUAGAGGCCAGGCAGCUCAGCAAAGUUCAUGUUCCUGUCCCUGAAGGAUGUGAGGACCCAUGUGCAAUAAACUUAGAUCCUAUACCUAGGCCUGCUCUGUUUUUCGUGUAUUGGCUCUUUUGGGAAGGUGAUCUGAUUUCUGUAAAUGAUAUGAAUUGCAGGCAUGGCUACCUUUGUUUUCAUGACUAAUGUUGUGUAAGUUCUGUUGAAAUGUAUAUUAUAUUUGCACUUAAUUGGUGUGUUAUGUUAUUUUAUAAAGUAUUUUUAACUCUC